CACGUCAUAAUACUCGCAACAAUCAGCCUACUCCAUCUCCAUCUCCACCCCCAUCUCCCCCUCACCAGCAGGCUUCCAACCCGGCUGGGGCUCAUCUCAACAUCGUGCUCCAGUUUCGCCAGUUGACCCCGCCGACUUUCACCAGGGUCGAAGGGCCUAAAGCAGUGGCAGAGUGGAUCCGUCAGUUAGAGCAGAACUUCGAUUUGUUGCAGUGCGCUGACGCCCAGAAGGUCAUAU